GUCCUGUUGUGGGUCACUAACAAUGUGUUCAUGCCUCACCUAUAAAUGUCUAUUUCUCAAUAAUCCUGACGUGGUCCAUCUCGGAAAAGUCUUUGAAGCCAAAAACAUCACUGGCAUGUGAUCAGUCAGACUUUGUCAGACUCAGCAGGCUCUACACAUACAUUCACCUGAGACAUUCUCAAAAGGAACGCAUGAGUAAACAAACAUAGGCUUUUUCCUUUGAAACGGACCACAAGUAUGAAUACACAAUUUUUAUCUCAUAAUGCAAAUAUGUUAGCAAUUAUACGGUCUGAAAAGAGCAAGCGGCACUGCCUUGACAAAAAUAUUCUGGUUGUUUCGUCACUCAUCCGAGUAUCUCCAUCGGUUUCCGGUAACUAGGAUCAUCACAUGAACAUGUUUUGGAGUAUUUUGGUUUAUUUAGAGAGGGUUUUUUUUUUUUUUGUCUUGUUUUGUCUUCUAUCAUUCUAUUCGGUUUCCUGUUUGAAGGAGCAUGUGUCAGGCGUUGUUUAUCCUGUGUGAAACUUGCAGUCGUUGUUCUUUGCAUGAGUUACAGAAGCUGAAUUUGCAUUUUGAAGGUGUAACGCUCACUUGUGAAAAACCUUCCAGGACCUUUAUACAGAGAAUCAAAAGUAGAAAAGAACGAGAUGUUAAUUGUCAGGAUUUUAACAAAAACUAUGCAAUUCAUUCAGAUUCAUGAUGAAAUUCUCUUGUCCCCUUAAACCAGAUUGUAAACAGAACUAUCUUGUAGAAUUUUAAAUAGCUAUAAAAUUGAAAUAAGAAAAGUGGAAGACUAUCAUAAAAUACAUUCAUUACAAUAAAAAGAGAAAAAGAGAAAAAAAAAAAAAAAAUAGGGAUCCCUGACUGAAGGCGUAAGAAUGCAAUCGAUAAUUUGAAAAUUCAACUGUCAAUCAAGAACAGGCACGCCUCCUUUUCACCUGUUCACUGCGACUUAAAGGAGACAAAGAAAUCGUUCGCGAAAACGACGAGAGACAUUCCAAUUGAUAAGAUGUUUCUGUUCUUUCGGACCGUAUUUUGUUUGAUUUUGAUACUUAUAUUUGCUCUCAGAUAUGUCAAGGGAAACUCGGGAUAUGCUGUUCACCUUGGAUUCAACAACUAUAGCUCAUUGGACUCAACCGAUCAAGAAACUAAGCGUCCCCUAUGUUCCAAGCCGUGUUUCAGUGAAGGAUGCUUCUCUUCUGAGUUUGUCCCUUAUGGGAAUGAGACGGGCUGGUUGGCAGUGUACAGCAGCAGAGGGCCUUCUGUUCAUGAUACCACUGUAGCUGCUGUGACUGACAGGGUGCAGAUUGGAAAGCCCCUCCUCCUGGAAGUCUCAGGCAUACCAAAUCUGAGCAAAGAAAACAUUUCCAUGGUUUUCAUUAGAUUUAGUGGGAACUCUGAUCCUCAGGGCUUGCAUAAUAUGUCUUUCAUGGCCAACGGAUACUUCACCUGCUACAUAGAUGCAAUAUUACCUACUGCUGGACUGUACCAUUUAAACGUGACCAUGACGAACAGUAUCUACACUCAUUCUACCAGCUGGCAGAUUAGAGCAUGUCCCUCUGGGACUGAGUACUUGAAUCUCAUGUUGUCCAAGAGAGAUCGGGAUAUCCCAUCCUGUGCCCUUCUGCCCAUAGAUACAGAGGACGAGCAGCAGGAUAAAGCCUCAACCAAAUCCACAGACAGUCACAAGCGAGCUGUUUGGAUUUUUUCUGAUAAACGGGCAUAUGCAACACAGACAGACAUCACAUUUGUAGCAGUAACAGAAGCACCAGAUCCUCUAUGCUUUCAUUGGAGAUUUGGGGAUGGAUCUGAAAUUAAAACAACAUCCAGAUUCUUCAAAAAGAGAUAUCGCCUCCCAGACAAAUACAAUGUCACUGUCAGUGUGUCUAAUGGCUUCACGUCCAUCAGCUCAGAUGUUUAUCCUGUUGUGAUUCAGAGAGCUGUGCAGCCCAACAGGCUUCUGUACAGUCCCUCAGUUUUAUCAAACCGCUCUGUAAACUUCACCUGCCGGAUCAGCUCAGGAACUGAUGUCUCGUAUCUUUGGAAUUUUGGAGAUGGAACAGAGCAAAAAGGAUCAAGCACUGAGCAUCAUGUCUUCAACAGAACUGGAGAGUACAUAUUAGAGGUUAUUAUGUCCAACCUGGUGAGUUCAGCCUCUUUCACAGGGCACAUCUUUGUUGUUGAAGAAUCAUGUCAGCCUCCUCCGGUGAAAAACAUGGGCCCAAAUAAAAUACAGGUGUGGCGGUAUCAAAAUGUCCAUCUUGCUGUGACGUUUGAGGCUCAGAUUCAGUGUAAUGUCUCCAGAGGUCUCCUGUAUAGAUGGACUAUGUAUGACAUGAGCGGACGAGAGCUGCUCCUCCCACACAUAGACACUGGACGACAGUAUAUUGAUCUUCCAAAAUACCUCCUUCAUUAUGGAACAUAUAAAGCUAUUGCAAAGGUCCAGGUAUCCGGUAAUGUGGUGUACAGCAACUACAGUGUUUUAAUUGAAGUGGUACGCAGUCAUCCUGUCAGUGUCAUCAGUGAAGCUACAAAUAUUUUCAUCAGUCGUCAGAACGGCAUCAUUGUUACUCUGGAUGGACGAAAAUCACAUGACCCAGAUUACCCCAAUAAUACUAUAAGUUACAGCUGGUCAUGCAGGCCAGUAAACACAGAAGAGAGCAGCUGUUUCAACAUGAACAUCGUGACCACUUCAGCAGUACUUACAUUUCCCGCUCUUGCCUUGAAACCUGACUUUGACCUGCUCAAAUUCACUCUUACUGUGUACAGUGGUCAUCAAUCUUCUUCAUCUGAGAUGUUCAUCACUGUAACAUCAAAACGUGUCAGCAACAUUCAUAUGUCUUGUAAAGAUUGCAGAGAAAAUUCAGUGAACUGGAAUGAGCAGUUUUCUGUUUCUGCUCUCUGUGAUGAUUGUGGUUUCGAUGCAAAAAAUGUCACCUAUUACUGGAAACUUUACCUUGUUAAUGCCUCAAGCAAAGCUGUUUCAGAAAUUCUGUUCUGCAGUAGUAUGGAUCUAGGUUUACCCUCUAAAAUGGAGGAGAGCUUACAUUUCUCCCAGCCUGCUGUGACACCCUACACUCCAGCCCAUUUUACUGAUCCCUCCGUUCCAGAUAUAGGACUAUCGCUGGCUCCUUAUCUUUUAUCUAAAGAUAUUGACCUUACAGCCCCAGUUACACAAGACACUCUGACUUCAAUGAUGUAUACGAAACACCAAAGCAUUAAUGUACACACGCUAAUUGAAAGUCCCAGCACAAACAACAUGUACCACCGUGCAGCAUUUCCAACUAUCACACCUUCCUUCCCUGGUGAAACAGACUCGUCUGGGGGUCAGUGGGAGUAUCAUGGGUCUUUACCAGCCCCAGAUAAGGUGUCAUUGACUGAUGUGAUCUCAGACUUGCAUACCGAGGUUUACACAGACAUUUACGAGACAAUGUCAGGUGAUCAUCCCUCCCUACCAGAGUAUGAUUACUAUAAUUUUGGAAUUGAAGAGGCUGAUCCUGGUGUUCCUGUCGGCAGACCUACAGGGACCAGUUCAAUGGGAUUUAAUUGGAAUGAAGUAUCAUUCCCUCACUCUUAUGACAAUGAGGGUGAUAAUCUGGUGGACCCCAAUCUGCUUGGCCCGGCGGUUUCUGAGAAGACCCUGCUGGAUCUGGACAGACAGCUCAUUCAUCAGUCUGUGUUUGAGUCUUACACUCUCACAGGAUUAUCUUCUUCGGUUGUCACAUUUAAACAGUUUAUGCUUAAACCAAAGAGUCUUUAUUUGCUCGAAGUGUCUGCAAGUUCUGAGGAGCGGCUACAAGGGAAAAGCCAGCUGUUUUUCCACACACAAGCUGUUCCGGAGGGAAUGAGCUGCCAAGUGCAGCCCAACACAGGCUCUGAAAUCCACACUCAUUUCAGCGUCUUCUGCUCCUCUGGAAAAGAGGAUCUCUUGUAUGAGUACAGUUUCAGUGUGGGAAACACUGAGAGGAAACUCCUUUACAAAGGCAGGGAUUUCCAACAUUACUUUAGUCUUCCUAGUGGAGAUCCUAAUGACAAUUACAAAGUCACAGUCUAUAUUGAAAUAAUGAACCGAUUUGGAGCAGCGACCAAACCAUGUCCUGUGACAGUGACUGUUCGUCCAAGCUUUCAGAGAAACUCAUCCUCCCAGCCCAGCCCUGAUCAAGAACUGUACAUGUAUGGAAUAGGUAACCUAACCGGUCUGAGUAAGAUUGGAAGCAACAGAGACGUCAUCAACUAUAUCUCUCUUUUGACCACGGUGCUGAACCGCUUGAGUCUGGACCCGGAGUCUUCUGUCGAGCUUUUGACUCUCACACGCACCGCCCUCAUUUCAGCAACCUGUCAGCUGCCCAUCACUGACAAGGGAGAUUUAUUUGAAAUAAUUUACAGGCUUACUGAUUUGAUAAGAAUCUCUAUUCAAGUGACAUUUCACAGUGCCAGAGAAGUAAUCCAGCAUGUUCACAACAUCCCGUCCCUCUUACAUGAGUCCAAGCCUCCAGCAGGCCAUAUAUUGGACAUUGGAAUAGUGAAUGCACUGGUAUCUCUCCUGUCUGGUGUAUUGGAGGCACCAGUGCUUUUUUCCAGACCAGAACACCAACUCAUAAACAAAGUGCUUUACACCAUCACUAAUGUAGUACUGGAGUGUAUGCUAUCCAGCAAUGUCUUGCAGUACAAUGUGAACGCUACUUUUAUGGAAGUAUUAGCCUGGAAGGAUGGUCAGUCUUCUUCUAUGGUGAAAACAUUUGGCCUCACUACGUUCCACCUCACUGAUUUUCUCGGGAUGCAAUUUCAGCAAUGGAGCAGCAAUAGCCAGCACAAGCCGUGCUUCAUUACCUGGCUCACAGUGUACAGGCAGAGCCCAUACCGCUGCUCCAGAGCCAUGCAGUUCAGUGGAGAAAUAGCAGACAUUCGGCUCUACAACUGCACCACUAGGAAGGAAAUCAAAGUCCGACAUCUAUCCACACCAGUUACCAUUGAAUUUCAGAGAAAAGAGGAGACAAAACAGAGCAGACAUACAGAGUUCACUCUUCUGCGCAGUCAGGUGAAUAGUCACCAGUUCAACAUCACGUCACAGACACUUCAGAGAGCCCUUCAGAUCACUGUGCAGUUUAACAGGCCAGCUGAACGCCCCUUUCCCAUCCUGCUGCUGCUUAGGAUGUACGAGCAGCCAACACCUAAUAAGUACAGCGAACAGAAAAUACAUCACUGGAAAGGACAGACAGCUCACAUAUUCCUCCCUCAAUCCUAUUUGCAUGCUACUGGUGCUGUUUACCUGAUGCUUCUCAAUGCAGACUAUAAUAAAAGCCCUAGCAACAAGUACAUUGCCAGAGCUGUGAACUACACACUUAGCAUUAAGUCUGUGGAGUGUCUUUCCUGGGAUGGUGUGAAAGAGUGGAAGCCCAGGGGCUGUUUUUCUCAUGGUGGUGUUUCCCCAGACAAGAUCUACUGCAGUUGCAGCCACCUGGCAUCAUUUGCAGUAUCGCAUGAGAAAAUCACAAGCAGCUUCGACUCUGCAGAUGUUUCACAAUUUAUCCACUCCAAAACCAACUACAUACUGAUCAUUUUGUCAGUAAUAUUCCUGGCUGUCUAUGUGUUGGUGUUGAUCUUCUGUAGGAAGGCUGAUAUUUCCAUACAGAAAACUACAGGCUCAUUCCUGCUUCCAGAAAACAAUCCCUCAGACAGAUUCCUCUAUGCUGUCACAAUAGAUACAGGCUUUAGAUCUAGAACCAGAAUGACAGCAAAGGUUCACAUUGUUCUAUAUGGAGAUGAUGGUGUCUCUCAAACCAGGGAACUGAGCAGCUCUGACUCCAAACUCUUUACAUGCAACUCAAGGAAUACUUUUAUUCUGAGCUCCCCAGAGAGUCUGGGUCGAGUAUUGAAGGUGCACCUUUGGCAUGAUAAUGGAGGUUCAUCUCCCAGCUGGUACCUGAGCCAUGUGGUGGUAAAAGACCUGGUGCAGGGGUCCAGUUGGUUCUUCCUGGGCCAGUGUUGGCUGGCAGUGGAUGAGGGAGAUGGAAAGGUGGAGAGGAGUUUAGCUGCUUCUGAAUGCGGCCUGACUUUUAAACAGUUUCUAUAUUUGAAACUCACAGAAUACCUAGAGGACUUUCACCCGUGGCUGUCAGUGUACAGCUGUCCGUCUUUCAGCUCUCACACACACAGUCAGCGUUGGAGUGUGUGUCUGCUGCUCCUGCAGGGCUACAUGUGUGUCAGUGCAGUGCUCAUAAAUCUUUUGGAAGAACAGUGCUUUUUAGAGAUGGGCUUUAUUGAUGUUUCACCGGUUUCCAUGGUAACAGGCCUGUGCAGUGCUCUUGCUGUGAUGCCGGUGGGGGGUCUGGUGUCCCUGGUGUUCCGUGUCAGCAAGACCACGUCCCGUAGUGUGUCUGGAGACCAGUAUAAGGUCAAGGUGCCUGAUGAAGUUUCCCAUUGGACUCAAAGCUCUUGGAAAAAAGAGUAUAAGUAUGGUACUCAGGAUUGGAAAACCUCAGAUUCAUUAUCUACGUCAAAACUUCAAGAGGAUCCUGACACCAUCUUAGAGUCUGUGGAAGACUCAAUGUGUGAUGUCAACUUCAGAUCACAUGACAAAUGCAAAUGGAAUAAGACUGAUUUCAAAUCACACACCUCUGCAGACAUCCUAGAGAAGCAGCAGGUUUGUGCUGGUAGAAUCCAAAGUCUUCAAUCCUGGUGUUAUUAUGUGGGCUGGACCCUCUGCUUGACUCUCUCUCUUACAUGCGUCCUCAUCACAGGAACUCUUGGAGUAAAGUUCAGCAAAACAAAGACUCUUCUGUGGACUCAUUCUGUGUUCUUUUCUCUUGUCUGCUGUGGCUUUGUACUGCAUCCAGCAAUGAUACUCAUAAUUGCUGUCACAGUGUCUCUGCUACAUCGAAAGAGGCCGAACUGGUUCCACAGUCUAAGUUUAACCGAGUCUGUCACUGAGUUAUCGAAACACGGGGACCGAAAAAAUGAGAAUGUCUUUGUUAGCAAAUACCAGCAGUCUCAUUUUGAAAAGGUGCUCGCUGCCCGUCAGAGAGCCAGGUAUCUGCGUCUAGUGAAGCCACCGAAUUCAAGAGAGUUGAAGUGUGUGAGACGCCAGAUCAAGAAACAGACUCUCCUUCACAAAACCACAAGGGAUUUGGUGUUACACCUAAUCAUGCUGUCGACGAUUCUAUUUGUGACUUAUGGAAAGUCUGCCAAUGACUACAAGUACUGUUUGAAUCAGGCUAUCAAAACUCAUUUCACAAAGAGUCCACAAAAUUCAUUUCACUCCAUCCAAAAACAUGACGAUUGGUGGAAAUGGACAACAAGCACUUUCCUAGAGAGACUAUACGACAGUGCCAACUGGCAUGAUAAUGGAACAGAAAAUGAAACUUCAGAUUUCAGAAGUGCUUAUUCUCUUAUUGGGAGUCCAGUCAUUAGAAAGAUCAAGAGCACAUUUAACUCAUCAUGCCAGAUCUUGAAUUUGUUGGGCAAGAACAAUGUGAAAUGCUCUGAUAACCAAUCUGUGGCAAAGAGACACUCACUUUGUGGGAAACUUGGGUGUUAUGAGGGAGAAAGAGUGAGUGUGAGCCUGGGAAAAACAAGGUUAAAAGCAAUCAAGUCAAUUAAAAAGCUUCUGGAUACCAGCUGGAUGACACCAUUCACCCAAAUUGUGAUGGUCCAGUUUAUCCUGUACAACGGGCCCAGUAACCUCUUCACGUCAGUCACCAUUCUAGUAGAGCAAACCUCAACAGGAGCUCUGAUACCCUCAGCAAGUGUGCAGUCCACUAGACUCUACAAUUUCCCAGCUGCCCUUGACUACGGUGUUAUGACCUGUGAGCUUCUUUUCUUUUCAUUCAUCCUGCUUCAUAUGUAUUGGCAAAUAUAUGUUAUGACUCAAAGAGGAUGGCUUUACUGGAGAAACAUUUGGAGCUGGCUUGAGGUGACAGUUAUCAUCUGCAGUCUUUUACGAUAUAUCUGCUCUGCAUACAACUUUAUGCUAAAAACAGAGAUGAUUGACUUCCUGCAGAAGGAGGAUUUUAAAUUACCUGUUGAUCUAAGCCCCAUCUUCUUUUGUGAGCAGCUUUCUCAAUCACUCCUUGGUGGUGUUGUGAACUUGCUUCUUCUGAAAUGUGUGUCCUUACUACGUCUAAACAAAGCAGUAGCAGCAGCUGUGUCUACUUGGAAUCCGAUCUUCUCCAACCUGCUUUGGUUACUGGCACCUGGCGUUAUUGUCACAGUAGCCCUCUCCGGUCUCCGCAACCUGAUCUUUUAUUCAUUCCCCUUUACUUGUAUCACCAGAUCCGCUCAUUUGCUCUUCACUCAUUUCUUUUGCUUGAGCCACUUUAGUGACAUUUACCUCCAAAACCAAGUCCCAUCAACACUUUAUUUUGGAGCAAUAUUUUGCACUGUGAUUCCACUGAAUGCUAUGGUAAUUUCCACCCUUACAAUUUUUGUGAAACAAACAAAGACAACUAAAAAAAGAAAACAUUUACUGACUGUCUUUGAGCUGAUCUAUUAUGUCAAAGACAUGGCUUUACUCAUGAUUGGCAAAGCCAGUCAAAAGUCAGCUGACCAUCAUGUCCACGCUAAUAGCUUUUAUUUAGCAGAGUUUGAGGAUCUCAUGGAUGAGCUGUUGUUUCAUCUCUGCAGCAUGUCAGACAGUCUCCACAACACCCUGCCAGCAAAAGAACAUCUAUUUGAAACCCAGAGCAAUUUUUCUUUCCCACUUUCUGAGCACGUCUAUUGCUCAGACUCAGAGAGUGACAAAAGCUGUAUGAAUAGCCAGCCACACAGAUUGGGGAAGAAACAGAAAGGAUGCGUGGAUGUGAGCUGUGCAUCAUUUUUGUCAUAUAAGGAAAACCCUCACAGAUUCCCACUUGAACACAGAAUGUCUCAGUGCUUACAACAAGGCAGAGGAAGAACACAGGAGAAGAGCCUUUCAAGAGGGCCGAGGAAUUUCAAAAACCACCUCAAAGAUCCUGUCAGAGAGUCAGAAGCGAUUGGACAGACACAAAUUCUUUCUUCAAGCAAGCAGAUCCAUUGUGCACCAGCUGAGUGGAAGGGCAUAGUGUCCUCUAAAUCAGAAACACUGCCUGAUCCAAGCAGGGUGGCAGAUGAUGCCCUCAAGUCUCAAAUCAUCACACAAAUGAAAAGGCACACUGUUUUAACCUCAGCUACUUGCAAAGUGAACAUGGGUACAGUUCAUGCCAAAGCAGCUGGACAGUCAUUUGUGUUUAAAGCAUUACCCAUCGAGGGAAUGGACAAUUCUGUAGAAGAUCAAAUGAUUAUUCCAGGGUACAUUGAACAUUGUAUGUAAUACAAGAUAAAAGCUGUUCAGUUUGUACUCGUAAAUUGUGGAAGAGAAGCAUUUUUAAACCAUAUGGGUUUCCUCUGAAAUUUCUAACUGGUUUUUAUAAUGGUCAUUUGGCAUGACUUUAUAAAAACGUUCGUGUUUUGUUAUUUGAACAACAUUGUUUACACAGUCUUACCUCAAACUUGAUAUUUGAUGUGAAGUUAAAUGCGUAAAGUCCAACUAUCACAAGGACAUGACUUGUUUGACAAAUUGAACAACUGUAACUUUUUUAAUAAAUAAUUUUCAAAAAUCAAAAUUCACUUUUGGGGUAUUAUUGUGUAAUUGUGAAAUUCCUGAGGGUGGCCCUUUCCUUGUGAGUUGUCCAUCAUGACUGACUAAGAAUCAAAUCAAACUUUUUUUUUUUUUUUUGCCAUAUAUACAAUUUUAGUAAAUAAAUAUGUCUACCCUUUUUGUAUAGUUUACUAUAUUUCUACACAGGGCAUACAUAACUUCAACAACUGAAAACUUCACAUUGCUCAGUAAUAACUUCACUGAGUUACACUCAGUAAUAACUGCCCCUGGUUACACUUCCUGGAUCU